AUGGUCGUACCUACACCGUUUUACGUUUUACGUGGGCACUCAUCUAGUGUCACGGCUGUUGCUUUCGACAAGAAAAAUCAUAUUUUUUCAGGCGACGAAAAUGGCUUUGUCAUUUGUUGGGCCCUUUUAGAUAUGCGUCCUUUGCAGGCUUGGUAUGCUCAUUCGAAAAGUAUCUUGGGAAUGGAAGUUAUCGAUAAUGACAUUCUAUGCACGCAGAGUCGAGAUUGUCGCUUAACAGUUUGGAAAAUGAACUUUGAAAAGAUUAAAUCUUCUUUUUCCUUAUCCGAAUUGAGCCGUAUGCAAUCGCAGAGGAAAGCAUUCUCUCAAACGGAUUUGGGUAUGAGCAAUGAUUCAAUUACUGUUUGCUCGAGCAUUUACAUCAAUGCUUUAACUUUUUGUUCAUUUUCUUAUGACAAAUUUGCAAAGGUUCUGGCAGUUUCAAAUACCAUCAAUGUUGAUGAAAUUGAUAUUUACGAAGCAGAAAAUUUACUAUCGAAGAACACGAACCAAGGCGAUCAUGGAACGAGACUUCAAAAUGAAAUUAAACCCUUAAUGAAUAAUGAAAAGACAGGUGCUUUAAUGAACACAUCUUUUGCUUCCUCUGAGGAGUAUUUAUUCUUGGCAGCUGGCUAUGAAAGUGGUCAUGUAGCACAGUUUCGAUGCAGACUUAGCAAUGUAAGAAAUGUGUGUAUCAAUUUUCGAGACGUUUGGGAGAUGACUUAUUUUGAAAAAUCACAUUCUCAACCGGUUUUGUCAGUCAACUACAAUAGAUUAGGGAAUGCAUUAUACUCAUCCGGUGCAGAUGAUCGGAUCAUACAGCAUCCUUCAUCGUUUGACGGCGUUCUGCAUAACGAAUUAAAAGUGUUUCGGUCCAAAAAUUGUGGUCAACAAUGCUUGCAAGUUCGUGAAGAUGAUCGAAUUAUAGCUACUGCAGGUUGGGAUGGCCGUAGUCGGGUUUACAGCUGUAAGAGCCUUUCUCUACUGGCUGUUUUAAAAUACCAUUCUUCCACCAUCAAUUCUAUAUCCUUCUGCUCUGACUCUAAUAUCAUUGCUUUGGCCAGCAAGGACUCUCGGAUCUCUCUUUGGAAAAUAUACUAA